UUUUGUGCCGCUGCGCUUGCCGUAGUUGUUUGGAACAUGUGGAUGAUGAUCAAGUGUGCAGUUCUGUGAGUGAGAUCAGGAAAAGAUCAGAAACACAGAAAUAAACUACAAGCCGGCUAUUACAUACGUAACGGUUGGGUUGUAGUCGGGCGAUCAUGUCUGAAUCUGAUCAGGCUCCGUUUGUGGCGAGGGCCGCGGUACUGAAGGAGAGCAUCGCUCUGCCGGAGGACAUGCCUCAAAUUAAAGGUUAUGACUUCAACCAGGGCGUGGACCACAGAGCCCUGCUGCAGUCCUUCCUCACCACGGGCUUCCAGGCCAGCAGCUUCGGCCAGGCCGUGCAGGAGAUCAACAAGAUGAUCGAGAAGAGACUGGAGCCGAUGCAGGAGAAGCAUGAGAGCUGUGAUUCACAUUCGUCUGCUUCAGGAUGCACCAUUUUCUUGGGCUACACAUCGAACCUGAUCAGCUCCGGUGUGCGAGAGAGUAUUCGCUACCUCGCACAGCACAGAAUGGUAGAUGUGAUCGUGACCACAGCAGGAGGGAUCGAGGAAGACCUUAUCAAAUGUUUAGCACCCACUUACCUCGGCGAGUUCAGUCUAAAAGGCAAAGAGCUACGACAGCAAGGCAUUAAUAGAAUCGGUAAUCUCCUGGUACCAAAUGAGAAUUACUGUAAGUUUGAAGACUGGCUGAUGCCUAUCCUGGACCAGAUGGUGCUCGAACAAAAAACUGAGGGCACACACUGGACACCGUCCAAAAUGAUCCACAGACUAGGCAAAGAAAUCAAUAACCCAGACUCUGUGUACUACUGGGCUUAUAAGAAUGACAUCCCAGUGUUUAGCCCCGCCCUCACUGACGGCUCAUUGGGUGACAUGAUCUAUUUCCACUCAUAUAAGACCCCUGGCCUGGUGCUUGACAUCGUGGAGGAUAUCCGGAGGUUGAACAGCAAGGCUGUGUUUGCCAAGAGCACAGGGAUGAUCAUUCUCGGAGGAGGACUCGUCAAACAUCACAUCGCCAACGCUAAUCUCAUGAGGAACGGAGCAGAUUUUGCUGUGUUUGUCAACACUGGUCAAGAGUUUGACGGCUCAGAUUCAGGCGCUCGGCCAGAUGAAGCCGUUUCUUGGGGAAAGAUCCGCAUGGAUGCCUCCCCUGUAAAGGUCUACGCUGAUGCUUCUAUAGUCUUUCCACUUUUAGUGGCUGAAACUUUUGCACACAACGCCAGCAGGUUGAUCAAGGAGGAGAAGAGCGGCUGAAGGUGUUUUUCUC